AUGAGAGUACCACUUCGGAUUGCGGUGCUCGAAUGCGACGAGCCCUUGACCAACACCAAGGCCAAAUAUGGUGGCUACGGUGGUGUGUUUGAAGCCUUGUUACGUGCCUCGGCGACAGGUCUGGACGUACCCUACAAAAUCAACCCCGAUUCUGAUCUGCAGAUCUCGAAAUGGGAUAUUGUGAACAAGAGUGAUGCAUACCCGAAAUUAGAGGAUAUCGAUGCGGUACUGAUCACCGGCGCAAGAUAUAAUUCAUAUGAUGAUACGCCCUGGAUCCUCAAACUUGUCGAAUUCACAAAGAAAAUAGUUGCUCAAGACCGUGUCCGCUUGAUCGGCGUGUGCUUCGGACACCAGAUCCUUGGACGGGCUCUAGGUGCCAAGGUCGGUCCUAAUGACGCCGGAUGGGAGGUGGCUGUCCAUGAUGUAGACCUCACAGAGCAAGGAAAGAAACUACUUAGCCUGGAGAAAUUGCGCCUCCAGCAAAUGCACCGCGAUAUAGUGCAUCACUAUCCACCGGACGUUAUCCCACUUGGAUCCUCACCUCGAUGUGAAGUGCAAGGAAUGUACUCUCCGCGCAAGUUCAUCACAGUCCAAGGUCAUCCUGAAUUUACCGAAGAGAUCGUGAUAGAACUACUCCAUACCCGGAAGUAUAUGGGUGCGUUCCCGCCAGGCAUUUAUGAAGAAGGUAUGGACUCGGUCGCAAAAGAGAACGAUGGCCUCGCCGUUGGGAAGUCUUUUCUUAAGUUCCUGCUCGAAGACUGAAAGCUCAACUUUGAGAAUCAAUGGAUGAUACAGCGGGAUAGAGUCCCAAACAGAUGCCGUGAAUAGACCUUAUUGGCUCCUGGGGGGUUUUUAUAUGCAUAAUUUAGUUUACAGACAUGAUUCUUGAAACGAUAGAGUACAACAUCUCUAUAAUAUGCAGAC